GUCUUUCGAAAGUUUAGCGCUUCAGCUUCAACAAUGGAUAAUCUUUUGAAAGAUUGGUCCAACUGGAAUCCAAUGGCCAUGGAAUACAGCAACGAAGGUAGAGCCUUCGUAGAUACGUUUGGCCAAAAUGUGGUUGAAAAAGCGCAAGCGCCCAUGGGUAAAAAAAAGGCGCUCGACAAAAACGCAAAUACCGAAUAUCCGUACUUGGUUCUUAAAAAAAAAGUGAUGCACAUUAGCAAAUGUGCGUUGAUUAAUUUCUUUGGCCGUAAACAUGUACGAAACAUUGACAGUCCGCCUAAUUCGGACCACUUCGUGGUGUACUUCAAUGACUUGGGUUCCUUGGAGUCGGCGCACAGUACACUGGAAGCAUUUCCUCAAUUGCUGCAAGUGAAGCGAAGCCAUUGCGGCGACCAAGAGAAAUUCAGGUAUGAGAAAAUGUCCAUGCAGAUGAGUGCCGCCAACAGGAUGCCCGAACCAGUGAAGCUUCCAGCAAUGGUACCCACACAUCGUGGACCAAUGGACACACAAUCACGCACCAUACACUUUUCGUGUAACGGUAAUAAACAUCCAGAGUUUCUGGCAGUGCCCAUAGUGGACUCGUCGUGCUACAAAAGCGGCUCUCUCAUGGCCAUUAGAGACGCGAAGAAGCGCUUUCUGAAGGUCAAGUUUGAGUUUAAUCUAGAGCGCCACGGGGCCUAUGUGCUUGAGAAAGAAUACAAAGAGGAAACAUACUCGAAGCCAGUGAUCCAGCAGAUGCGUUGCGGCAGACAAUUAUAUAAAGACAGCACUGGUGUCGAUGCUGGGCAUGUCAGCGUGGAUGAUGCUGACGAAAUGAUAAUCAUGUCUGGCUAUAAACGUUGCGUGGCCUGCAAAGAUUACACCUCGACGGUGUGCAAAAGCUGCGACAUGCCCUUUUGCGAUGCUUUAUGCUGGAGCAUUGUCUCCGAGCAGCACGACAGGAAGUGCGGCACCGGCCAGAGCGUGGCCAUUGAUGAUCAGAAUUUGAAGAAACUACUUCCCAAAGCUGGUCUACCGCCACGCCGCUCCAAGGUCAAGAUCACUGCCUUUGAGCAGUCGAAUGUGGUGUAUGUGCGUCCGGCGGAUAUCCUCUCGGAAAUGGCCUACUACCGCGUGCUCACUGAGGUCUGGAUGCAUGGCAAAAAGGCGCCCAAACUUGACCAGCUGCCCGUUUGUGGUCAGAUUGUCAUCUACAAGUUUGAGGCAGAAAUUGUGCGUGCCCUGGUGCUGAAUGUGGACAAUCCAAAGGAUAUAUGCGUGGUCUGCAUCGAUUUUGGCAGCGUUGAGUACACAGCUCCAGGCAAUCUGUAUCAAUGCGGCUCCACUGUGGCCGAUUUGCCGCGCUACGCUACGCCCGUGAAGCUACGCGGUGUGCCAAGGCGCGCAUUGACCCCACAUCUGCGUGAGGCAAUGUACGCCGUGCAGGGGAGUUUAGUCUUUGAGCUGAGAUACCACAAACGGGAGUACGACUACGAAAAUCACAUGCAGACGGCCGUGCUCAUCGAUCUGGAGAUGAAUAGAGGUUUGAAUAGCUUUUUCAAAAAGAUUAUGACACCCGUCGAUCCCGGCUUGCAUGGACGCGGAUUCAAUGAAGAUUUUUUGCCGCAUGUGGCUGCGCCACCAGGAAAGAACAUUGACUUGAUUGUCACUGACAAUUCGUCCCUAAAGUACGGCAUCAUCCACUGCACACCCGCUGGCUUGGCAGUGGAUAUCACAAAAAUGCAGCGCGCAUUCCAGGACUAUGGAGAAAAGAUUGCCAAAGCGGAGACCUAUGCUGCUCCGAAAGGUGAACUGUGCAUUGCCAAAUAUAAGGACAAAUGGUGUCGCGGCGUUUCGAUGGAGCUUGUGGGUGAUGGCUAUCCCAGCAUUUUGUUUGUGGACUAUGGAAACAUUGUGCCCAUCCAUGUGACCGAUAUCCGUGCAUAUCCGGAGCAAUUAACAUAUCCCAUAUUGACCACUGAAUAUGAUUUGAUUGGUCUUCCCGAAGAGCUCACCGAUGCGCAGGUCAAAAGUCUCGAGAAACAUCUACAAGUGGGUGCCCGUGUGACCUGCGAUGAGAUAGUUAAGAGCCAGGAAAACAAUUACUCGCUGCGCCUGGAAAACCUGCAGAAGCUGCUGCAGUGAAAAGGCCAGAACUAAUGGGGAUUACGGAACUUAUUAUAUGAAUAUCCAAAGUGCCAUUACAUUCCUACAUUCAUCUAUAAUCAAAAUAAUAAAUAAAGUCGGUAAGCCUUAUGGCCUACCCCAAAGAGUUGUCCAACAACAACGUUAAAUAUUAAA